AUGUUCACGCUUUCGACAAUACAUCUGCCUAUAAUCGCACUUUUACUUUCUAAUGUUGUUGCAAACCCAACUCCUCAACCCAACCGCUUUUCUAUGCCCAUUCAAAGGAGGCUAAACCCCCGCUCUAUCGAAGACUUUGGGGCUUGGGCAAAGAGUAAUCGGGCUGGGCUUACCGCUAAAUAUGGCGGCUCUCCGACCUCGAAGCGGAGUACUGGGACAAAUUUGUUGACCAAUCAAGGAGCCGAUUCAAGUUACUUUGGCUCAUUGGCGAUUGGCAACCCCGCUGCUUCUUUUAAUGUGAUCUUGGACACUGGAUCUGCAGACCUUUGGGUCGCCGGUAGCUCGUGUAGGCAGGGCUGCAGCUCAGUGCCUACCUUUAACCCUUCAGGAUCAUCCUCUUUCGUCAACGAAAGCACCAGGUUCCAGAUCACCUAUGGUUCUGGCGCUGCCGCUGGCGUCCUUGCCACUGACACAGUCCAAAUGGCGGGAUUUUCUGUUUCGAACCAAAUUUUUGCCGUCUGCGAUGCCGUUAGUUCGGGACUCCUCACCAACCCUGUCUCCGGUUUGCUGGGCCUUGCGUGGCAGUCGAUUGCCUCGUCUGGUGCGACGCCUUUAUGGCAAACUUUGGCCGCUAACUCGUGGGAUUCGCCGGUCAUGGCAUUCCAACUAACCCGAUUCUUGAACCAGUCAAGAGCAUCGGACAGAGAGUUUGGUGGCUCUUUCACGAUGGGUUUCGUCAACAACUCAUUGUACACUGGUGAUAUCGAAUAUAUCAAUAUGCCCACCUCGAGGAGCUCGUAUUGGAUUCUUCCCAUAACCGCACUCACUGUCCAAGGUAAUUCUGUCGCUGUUCCUUCUGGCGUCAACUCGUAUGCCGCGAUUGAUACUGGAACCACACUCGUUGGCGGCCCGGAAACCGAGAUCGCCAACAUUUAUGCCCAAAUACCCGAUUCGAGAGCCGGAACCGGAGAUUUCGACGGUUAUUAUCUGUACCCCUGUGACACUCGGGUCACUGUCUCCCUUUCAUUCGGUGGCUCAACUUGGACCAUCAGCCCCGACGAUUUCGCACUGCAGGAAGUUUCACGAGGAACUUGUGUCGGUUCAUUCUUCGCGCUCAGCACAGGCAACACGGCGCCAUCAUGGAUUGUUGGCGACACAUUCCUCGUGAGCAUCUGGAUCAUUAUUUGGCACGGAACGCUUAUCAUUUCCUCGCAGAAAAAUGUGUACUCUGUGUUUCGGUACAACCCCCCAUCCAUUGGCUUUGCAAAACUUUCGCAGGUGGCUUUGGCAAUGAACGGCAAUGUCGAUCUUCCUGUCCCCAGUGCUACCAUUGGCUCUGUCUCCGCCCAGGCAACCGCUGGGAAUAAUAGGAAUUCCAGUGGAGUCGAGAGAACACACAUUCCCACUGCGGCGCUUUCUGCAGCCCUGACUGCGCUCUGGCUGCUUACAACCAUGUCAUAA